GAUCGGGAUUUUAGCCUAUAAUAUACACUAAAAAUUUCAUUUUAAGGGAUGUCUCCGCACAUCCAGGCUCUCAAGUAAGUCCACCCAUGGAUGUUGUGUUCAAACCUGUUCAUCUAGCCAUCACUAAACACAACUUUCAAAGACUGUUGUUGUUAGUGAGCUUCGACUACAGUCGUACACUUAGGUGCUGUUUGUUUUCUCCAAGAAGUGCUUCCUGACCUCUUAUGUCUGCGUCGCGCAGACCACGCGCAGACCUUUGGGUUUGAAGACUGUUUGUUUCCUCGAAUACCUUUUAUUAAAAAAGGUCUGCUCGUCCUCUUUUUGGUGCAGAUCUGGAUUGUCCUCUUCUAAACUCUUUUCCUGCACUAUUUUCAUAACACAGAUGCUCCUCCCACACAAACCUAGCACCUUCUCCACCCCUUCUUCUCCUCCCAGCCACCACCUCCACAUCACCACCACCUCCGCCACUAUGCACAUCAUUGCCACCUCCUCGCCUCCCUCACCAGCAAGCCGUCGACCUAACCCCUCCUCCCUCAACAGCAAGCAACAGCAAUCGGUCAUCUCCUCAACCAAAAAUGAAGAUGUUAAAAAAUCGGUCAUCCCAUCAACAGCAAGCAACAACAAUCGGUCAUCCCCUCAACAGCAAGCAACAGGAAAUGUUAAAAAAAUCAUCAAAUCUCACCACCUCAACUCUUCUGUGGUAUCCGCUUUCUUCUCGGAUUUGACCCGAUCAAAAAAUCUCAGGGAUCAACAUGCUUGGUCAUUGGAUUGGUUGACAGACGAAUUGCAAUUCCUGUAUGAACAACAUCCCUAGUCUACUAUGAUCUAAGGGGGCGUUUGGUUCGCGGAAUGAUUUGGAAUUGGAAUUUGUAUAGGAAUUAGAAUUUGAAGGAAUUGGAUUUGGAAUUUAAACAUUCCAAUUGGAAUUGGAAAUUGUUGGAAUUGGAAUCUCAGUUCCAUUUUUUAUGUGUGUGGUUGUCAAAUGAAUUGGAAUCCAUCACCCGGCACCCACAACCCCCAAUUCGGGUCGAAACGGUACGGGUGGAAACGGUACGGGUCAAAACGGUACGCGUCGAAACGGAACGGGUCGAAACGGUACGCGU